AUGGCAAAACCUAUUUUAAUGAGUUUUGAUUUUGAUCAUACAAUCAUUGAUAAAAACAGUGACAUUGUUAUUCGGGACUUACUUCCUAAAGAAUGCACAGAGACCGUGAAAAAAUUGUAUAAAUCUUGCGAUAGCUGGACAAUUUUUAUGAGAAAUAUUUUCGAAUUAUUACAUAGCAAUAAAAUAACUCAAAAAGAAAUAAAUGGUGCCAUAAAUAGUAUUCCUUCUGUGCAAGAAUUUGAAGAACUUUUGAAAAAUUUGCAUUCCAAUAAUUGUGAAGUAAUUAUUGUUAGUGAUUCAAACUCUGUAUUUAUAGAGAACUGGUUAAGUUAUAAACAAUUGAAUCAUACUGUUAACGAAAUAUUCACAAAUCCUGCUUGGUUUGAUGACAAGGACUUGUUAAAUAUUGAACCCUAUCACGAGCAAAAUUGGUGUACGCUCAGUGAGAAAAAUUUAUGCAAAGGAUACAUAUUAGAGGAAUACAUUAAAAAACGAAAAGAACAUGGAGUAACUUUUGAAAAAAUUGCAUACGCUGGAGAUGGCAAAAAUGAUUUAUGUCCAAUGUUAAGAUUAUCUGACAAAGAUUUUGCAUUUCCUAGACAAGAUUAUCCAAUUAUAAAAUUAUUGAAUGAACCAGAUACAAAAAAUAAAGUCAAAGCCAAAGUUAUUCCGUGGAAAACUGGUUCAGAUAUUUGGAAUGUACUUCAUCCUAAAAUUAAUCCUUAA